CAAAAAAAAAAAAUCCCCUUUUCACUGCCGCCGACCGGACCUCCCUAACUUUACCUCCCCUCUCCUCCACCGCUCCCCGUCCUCCAUCUCCGACGUCAUCCGUUACCAAUCAAAAUGUCGGACAACAUCCCUCUCGAAAUCCAAAUAGAAAUCAUUCAGAGAAUCCCUGACAUAAAAUCGGUAAUUCAGUACAGAUCGGUGUCGAAAUCAUGAAAGUCGAUGAUCGAUGGCAAAGAAUUCGUUACUGGCCAUACCCUCCGCCACAUCCAGCAGCAGCCCCGUCAUCUGCUUAUAAGGGGUCAAGAUUUCUUUGAUUCCCAGGUAAAAUAUGUGUCCAUUGUUGACGAUGAAACUUUCCCACAUCAAAAGUUCAAUUUGUUUGUUCCUGAUGUUUGUAAAGAUGCAAAAUUAGUGGGCAGCUCUUAUGGCUUGUUUUGCUUGUACGAUGAUAAAACAAGUAUGGUUGUUAUCUGGAAUCCUUCCAUACGGAAAACCGCCCUUACCACGGUCGUACCUUGUAAGCCGUGUAGUAUGAUUGAUGUUUUUUUUGGGGUUUGUCAUAACACCCUUGACCCUAAGAUUGUCAAGAUUACUAGAAUCACAAACCAAGUUGAGGUAUUUACAUUGAGUUUAGGGGCUUGGAGAUCUCCACUAAGCAACACUUGUCCUCGUAAAUGGAUUUCAAUGGGGAUUAUGGGAUCCUCUCAGGCAUUUGACGGAUUUAUUUAUUGGGAUGCCCUUGAUACGAAUAAUGAGGGUCCACGGAAUGUCAGUCUCAUUAUGUCAUUUGAUCUGACAAGUGAAGAAUUCACGGAACUAUACCUCCCUACUACCCCUUUUGCGUAUUUGUAUGUAUCUACUCUAAGGGAGUCUAUUGGUGUUUUUGACCUCCAUUUAGACACACGCCCACAAGUUGUUAACGUAUGGAUAAUGAGAGGGCGUGGUUGUACGAGAUCCUUUGAAAAGCUGUACCACAUUAACCUAUCUGAUGCAUCGAUAAGUAUACCACGGGCGUUCCGAAGCAGUGGUACACCCAUAGCUGAAAUGGAGAAUAACCAGUUCGAUUCACCUGUUGCACUUGCUGCUUAUGAACCCGGAUCAAAAGACAUCACUGAAAUUUGGAACCAUGGAAUAGCAUAUGCAUUCCGUGUGCAUUCCUACAUGGAAACACUACUUUUGCUUGGUCAUUGAUAUCUCAGUAUUUGCUUCGCAAAUAAUUGAAGGCAAGUUAUCAACAGUAUUUGUUCUAUCAAAGAUAUUAUCAACAUCGCAAAGUAUGAAUUUAAGAAUAGAGGGUUUUUUACACAUGCAAGUUGGCGUUCUGAAGAUUCACGAGUAGGAUUUAAACACAAAAGCAAGCCUUGACAACUAAAGCAAGGAAGGCCAUUCCUGAUUUUGUCAAUCUUGAAGAUAUUAAUCUUCCACAGGAUGCUGUUAAGUGAAAUUUGAAUCCAGUACCUUGCCUGACAUUUUUCUUGACAUGAUGGAUAUUGAUAACUACAAGUCUACAACCCAAACUGUACAGAUCGGUGUCGAAAUCAUGGAAGUCGAUGAUCGUUGGCAAAGAAUUCGUUACUGGCCAUACCCUCCGCCACAUCCAGCAGCAGCCCCGUCAUCUGCUUAUUAGGGGUAAAGAUCACGGUGAUCUACAGAAUAAGGUAAAAUAUGUGUCCAUUGUCGAUGAUGAGUGAUGACACUUUCCCACAUCAAAAGUUAGUUAAUUUGUUUGUUCCUGAUUUUUGUAAAUAUGCAAAACUAGCGGGUAGCUCUCAUGGCUUGUUUUGCUUGUACAAUAAUAUUAAAAAUA